GUACAGAACGAACGUCAGUCUCGCAACAGUGCCCAGCUGCGUAUCGCUGGUCCCGGUCUAAUUGGCAAUCGGGGCAUUUUCGAAGUCCCUUUUCCUGGAGACCCUCAAUGCGCUGUGCCACUUCCAGGCGACCAUCAGCGCUCCUCUACAGCCUAUGGCCUCCUCGGACCGAGCGCGGCUUCAAGCGGCACCGCCUGCGGUCCGGCGGCAAACCACGAAGAAGUUGUGAUACCGGAUGGACAUGUCACCGUUUCAGCCAAUCCGCCAAUCAGUCAGCUCCAGCCGACUGCAGCAUCGGGCGAUGUCACCAUCGCGACGGUCGUCAACGCCUCUGGCGGACACCGAUCGAGUCAGUCGGCAUGUGGCUCGCCGGAGGCUUCAUCGUCCCUCCUCGGCGGACCAUUUGGCAGCCCCAGUCUCUUCAACCCUACCACGACCUGUGACUCUGUCGUCAAGUCGCCUGGCACCGGCCAAACCGUUCGUCACCAUCGUUACAAAGUGUCACAAGCCACCGUCUCAUCUUCUUCUGCUUCUGGCCUUGUCGAGAAAGCGGUGGACCUGAGCUGCCUGUUCUCCCCCAACUCGGAUGGCCUCCUCAUGCAGCGCUGCAUCGGUCGGCGUCGACAUUUGCCACCGCCAGCAUCGGCCCAGACGUCCGGUGCUGCUCGAGUCUGUCCGGCCGGUACCGGCAGACAGACCGGCCAAUCAGGACACGCCGAGCCACGAGACUCGCCAUCGGCACCAUUCGUCUGUGAAGCCGCGAUCGGCUCACAGCCUCGCGUCUCUGACGUGCCCUCCAGCACCGGCAGCCUCGGUCUCGGCUUCGGUCUUGGCCUCGGCCUGCUCGGCCUUCGACGCAACUGGCCUCCGUCCCUCCUUACACCGACAGCACACUCGGGCCUGGCGGGACUCGGACCAACGCUGUCUGGCGAGCCGACGCGUCGGGCCCUCCUGCUCGAGGGUGCCGGGACAGAGGUGACAGUCUCUCCUCCGGCCCCACCGGUACCACUGACCUGGACGUCCGGUCUCAUCGCCAAAACCUCCCUCACCUCCCUAUUCCCCUACUACACUCCCAGUCUCCCGGCAACCGGCAACAUCACCACGGCCGCGUCUGGCUCGUCACUCCAGUCCACUGACGAGCCGAAUCAUCUGCUCUCGGCCGCGGCCGGUCCGAGUCGCCACGGUGACGACUACACUUUGAGCACGGGCGGAUUGUUGCCAGGCGGUGAUCAGCUCAAGUCGUGGUCCUCAGUCGGCAGGUUCGCCCCUCUGCCACCGUCACCAGGGCCGGCCGUCCUCUUUGACGACGCCAAGAUGCCCCCACACCAGCAGCCCGGCAGACCAUCCCUCCCCCCAUCCUGUCUGGCCGGUCUCUUCACCGGUCACCUUGGCAACCCGACCGGCCAGUCGGGAAUCUUGCCGACCCAUCUCGCGCCGUCUCCGACGCUGGCGCCGGCUCGGACCGGCGCUACCAUGACGACUAUGCCAGUCGUGCCUCGAGGUGGAGAACGCGAUUUGCUCGUCUCCCUCUUUGGUCUGACCGGCAGCAACGCGUUUUUCCCCGGUCCUAGCAACAGCCCUGGCCCAACGCCGUCAACAUUUCCCACUGUCCCGACGGCCUCACCACCCGCUCCCGCUUCGCUCAGUCCCCUCCACCUGGCCGGAGCCGCGGCAGAUCUCGCCUCCAUCAGCCAGUCGUCAUCGCAACAACUCGUUCCCACCGACAGUCUGAUGGGGCCCAGCGUCACAGCGGCAGCAGCAGCCGCCGCCGCCGCCGCUGCCGCUUCGUCCAUCUUCACGGUAGCUGGUACCACCGGAGUCCAGGCCUAUUCGCAUCCGGCCGCUUUUCUCUCCUCCCUUCUGCUGGCUCGUCUGCCCGGGCCCAUGAGCCAGUCGGCCAGAGACGAGGCUGGUCAUGGCCAACCCGACGAGUCGCUGAGAGGCAGACGUAAUCCCACCGGCCUCUUAGACUCGGUCGCCCUGGCAACACGAGCUCCUCUCCUAUCCGCUCCCCGAGACGGCCCCCACUCAAGCCGGCCAUGGCCCGGCCGAGAUCCGACCACCACCAUCCCCACCAUCUCCACCAUUCCCACCAUCAGUACCAGAAAUAACAGCACGGCCGAGACUCCGGUCAGUUCGCUAAGCCGGCUACAGCAUCUAUUGCCGCUGUUCGCAUCCUCUGUCCCACUUGACGAGACAACUGGCCGCGGAAGACGAUCCUCAGACGGACUCGGCUCUCUGAAAGCGGCUAAGGAGGAGGAGAAAAAGAAGAAGGAGGAAGUGGAGGAGGAGAGGGAAGAAGAGGAGGAUGAGGGUCGGUGGCCGGCGACAAUGGAGGAGGCACAGGAGGACAGAGCUACCGUCUGCCAAGCUCAACUGGCACUCGCUUCGGCCGCCAUCAGAAACAUUUUGGCCUCGGAACAAAUGGCCGCUUUGCUCAGUAAGCCAGAAUUUGUACAUGUUGUUGGGGAUUCGUCUCUUCUGUCAAUGGCAAUGCCUGUCCAGUUUCAAUUCGGCAUUUGCACGAGAUUGCUUCAUCUCAACGACCAAGCAUUUAGGCUGGGCGCCAAAAGUCCAGAGGUUUAA